AUGAGAGAGCUAACCCUUGCUGCUUGUGGGCUGGGCUGCAGUUUCUUCUGGAUCGCAUACACAACCUACUCCCAAGAGUGCCCUGGGUGGGCCGGGCUGGUGUCUCUGUCCACUCAAGAGGCGUUUAGGAUAGAAUAUGAUACCUUUGGUGAACUGAAGGUCCCAAGUGACAAAUACUAUGGUGCCCAGACUGUAAGAUCUACAAUGAACUUCAAGAUUGGAGGUGUUUCAGAAAGAAUGCCAGUUCAAGUUAUAAGGGCUUUUGGCAUCUUGAAGAGAGCAGCUGCUGAAGUAAAUCAAGAUUAUGGUCUCGACCCAAAGAUUGCUAAUGCUAUCAUAAAGGCGGCAAAUGAGGUAGCUGAAGGAAAAUUAAAUGAUCACUUUCCAUUGGUAGUGUGGCAGACUGGAUCUGGAACUCAAACCAACAUGAAUGUCAAUGAAGUCAUCAGCAAUAGAGCCAUUGAAAUAAUGGGGGGAAAACUGGGGAGCAAAACCCCAGUACAUCCGAAUGAUCAUGUUAACAAAAGCCAGAGUUCAAAUGACACUUUCCCAACAGCAAUGCACAUUGCUGCUGCCCAGGAGGUUAAUGAGGUGUUGUUACCUGGACUAAAGAAGCUACAGAAUGCACUUGAAGCGAAAUCCAAAGAGUUUUCCCAAAUCAUAAAAAUAGGUCGCACUCAUACACAAGAUGCUGUUCCACUUACACUUGGACAG